GAUUGGAGCAAACAAAUAACCUGUCGUUUCAAGGCAUAUCGGGCUGUUUUUUUUUCGAGCGCAAGAUCGAGGCGAAUAUCCCGGACGUUUGCCGCAGCUCAGUUGCUCGCAGAAACGAGGACAAAUUUGAAUUCUUAUAGCGUGUCUGAGUCCGAGACGGGAAGACAUGGCCACGACUACAUGUACGCGCUUCACGGACGAAUUUCAGCUGUACGAGGAGCUGGGCAAGGGAGCAUUUUCUGUGGUGCGACGGUGUGUGAAGUUGAGCACGGGCCAAGAGUACGCCGCCAAAAUCAUCAACACCAAAAAACUGUCUGCGAGAGAUCAUCAAAAACUGGAACGAGAAGCCCGAAUCUGUCGUCUGCUGAAACACUCCAAUAUUGUUCGUCUUCAUGACAGUAUAUCAGAGGAGGGCUUCCACUACCUACUGUUUGAUUUGGUGACUGGAGGUGAACUGUUUGAAGACAUUGUGGCCAGAGAGUACUACAGUGAAGCAGAUGCCAGUCACUGCAUCCAGCAGAUCCUGGAGGCGGUGCUUCACUGCCAUCAAAUGGGUGUGGUGCACCGAGACCUGAAGCCAGAGAAUCUGCUGUUGGCCAGUAAGUGCAAGAACGCUGCUGUGAAACUGGCCGACUUUGGACUGGCCAUUGAGGUGCAGGGAGAACAGCAGGCAUGGUUUGGAUUUGCUGGGACACCAGGAUAUCUGUCUCCUGAGGUACUGAGGAAGGAGGCAUAUGGCAAACCAGUUGACAUCUGGGCCUGUGGUGUUAUUCUGUACAUUCUUCUGGUUGGAUAUCCACCAUUCUGGGAUGAGGAUCAGCAUAAACUCUACCAGCAGAUCAAAGCUGGGGCUUACGAUUUUCCAUCUCCAGAAUGGGACACAGUUACUCCUGAAGCCAAAAACCUCAUCAAUCAAAUGCUGACCAUCAACCCUGCCAAGAGAAUCACUGCACAGGAAGCUCUCAAGCACCCAUGGGUCUGCCAACGCUUAACCGUGGCUUCCAUGAUGCACAGACAAGAGACUGUGGAAUGCCUGAAGAAGUUCAACGCCCGUAGAAAACUCAAGGGGGCUAUUCUUACCACUAUGCUUGUGUCACGGAAUUUCUCUGUGGGUAGCAGGCAGACCACGGCUCCUGCCUCGGUCACUGCGGCUGCAGCGGCAGUAGCCGCAGCUGCAGGCACCACAGCAGGGCUAGUGGAACAAGCAGCCAAGAGCUUGUUGAACAAAAAGGCAGACGUUAAGAAACGGAAGUCAAGCUCUAUCAUUCAGUACAUGCCCCAGACAAACAGCACCAAAAACAGCAUAGUCACCAGUCCCAAGGGAAACCUCCCCUCUCCUGCACUGGAGGCACAGGCCACUGUCAUCCAUAAUGCAGGGGAUGGGAUUAAGGAGUCGUCGGACAGCAGUAACGCCACAGUGGAGGACGAGGAAAUGAAAGGAAAGGUUGUAGAUAACAGUUCAGUUCAGUCAAACCCCAGCACCCAGCCUGAACUCGCCCACAUACCUUCAGUCUCCUCCCCCGCUGUCUUCACUGCCACUAAGUUCACUGAUCUACUGGGUGCGGUAUGCCGGGGGCCCACAUCUGAUGCUGAGAGGGGAAACACUACCACUCCAGCUGUUGUGUCUGCCCCAUCCACUUCCCAGACCCCUAACAUUCCUACACAGAUGUCUCGUUUGACUGACCUAGUGAGCAGUGUUCGCAGAAGUUCAGCCCCACAGACAGACAGUGAACCACCAGUUCUCAGCAGACGUCUUACUGCCACUGCCCCUUUAUCUGCCUCUGUUGCUCCCCCAUCCAACCCCUCCCCAUGCCCUUCCCAACCAUCCUCAAGUCUCCUGCCAUCAGCACAUUCACGCAAACAGGAGAUCAUCAAAAUCACCGAACAGCUCAUUGAGGCCAUCAACAAUGGUGAAUUUGAAGCCUACGCUAAAAUUUGUGACCCUGGACUCACCUGUUUUGAGCCAGAGGCCUUGGGAAACCUGGUGGAAGGCAUGGACUUCCACAGAUUUUACUUUGAGAACUUGCUGUCUAAGAACAGUAAGCCCAUUCACACCACCAUCCUCAACCCUCACGUGCACCUGAUCGGAGAGGACGCUGCCUGCAUCGCCUACAUCCGCCUAACACAGUACGUUGAUGGGCAGGGCCGGCCGCACAGCAGCCAAUCAGAAGAGACGAGGGUGUGGCAUCGCCGGGACUCCAAAUGGCAGAAUGUCCAUUUCCACUGUUCGGGAGCUCCUGCCGCCCCUCUACAGUGAAGGUUGAGCUCAUUGUAGCCACAUCUAACAAGAGUGCCCAGCCUGAAAUGGAGAGUGCAGAGAGAGAAAGAGAGGGAGGGGGAGAAGUUGAAGAGAGGGAUGAAAGCGAGUCCAGUGAUGGGUGGCUGGGAGUCUGCAGUUCCUGACCCUC